AUGAGCUUCAAGGUCACCUACACUGUCCGUGCGUCGAGGGCGGAGAGGCGGAUAUGCGAAGUGAAGGAGAAGUUCCUCGAUGCUGCACCAAUCAAGUGCAUCGGGCUGGACUGCGAGUUCACCGACACGGUGAAGAAUAUCAGGUUUCCAUUGGAACAGAGGCAUCGCGCCGCCGUCCUGCAGCUCUCCGUCGUGUACGAGACACUGGUCUUCCAUAUUGUCCAAGACAACGAUGUGCCGAAGGCCCUACGUGAGUUCCUUAACGACGAUUCAAUCGUCUUAUUUGGUGCUGCUAUCGGCAACGACAUCGACAAGCCGGAUUACUACGGCAUUGACACUUCGGCGGCGAUCGACCUCCAGCAUGUGAUCCUAAACCCGAUUGCCAAGCCGCUAGCUUCUCUGUACAAUAUAGCCAAUGCUUACAUUAGGACAAACCUAUCGAAGAGAUAG